AUGGGCGUCGACACCCGCAGACCGAUCUUGCCUGCCCCCACUGAAUCUAUUGUCGAUACCAACGGCAGCAUCACAGGCACUGAUCUGGCAACUGACAUAUCUCGCCGCACAGACAAGACCUCAUACUCCAUUCCAGACGACGGGAGCCCCGUCACCAUCCCCACUCGUCGGAAACAUCGCUCCCGCGGGGACGACUCCAAACUGUCCCGCUCGUCGCAGCACUCCCAGACCUCCCUGCUCAUCGAGUAUUUCGAGGGCGGGAAGGGUUCUGGCUCCCUCACUUCCCGCCCCAGUGUCCGUGUCCGUGUCACCCCUUCCUCCGCGCGGAAGCUCAAGGACCAGAAGGACCACAUUCAGAUCACCGAGUCGAGUGGCAAUCGGAAACCCGUCUAUUCCCGCCGCAUCUCCCUGAGCUCGCCCCACAAGCACAAGUCGCUGGAGGAGUCGGCUGUGGAUGACAGUUCUUCCAAUUCAGCCACCGAUGAGAACCAGCCUCCCGGCCAUUCUCCCUUAGAAAUCGAGCUCAUGAAUCGCGACCAAGGCAGUGAGCUCUCCGCCCUGUCGCGCGACAGGUACUUCCACCCAACCUCCGACAUCUCGUCGAUGCCGGCGGAUAGCAUGCUGGAAGCCCCCUCAUCUGGUCCUCGAAGAAAACGCAGUCAGAGCUUGGAACGUGAAUCCAAGGAGUACCUCAAAACCCCCCGGCGACAACGUAGUCGCAGCCUCAGCACUGAACGCAUUGCUCAUCGAGUCGCAGAGAAGCUCAGCAACGACCCUCGUGACGUCUCUAGGCAACGCCGUCGUGCCGAAAGAAGUAGGUUCGAAGACGGCAGUGAUCUCCAAGAUAUGGAUUCGAAGUCUCCUCGUCGUCGGGCUCUUCCCGACGAUAUGAUGAGUCCAGAAUCCAGCCUCCUCAGCGCCUCGGCUGUGUCCUCGCAUCGCCGAUCCGGUGAUCAAUACUCGUUCAAAUCCGGCACCUCGAAGUCAUCGAUCAACAACCCAAAGCUUCUUGAAACUGUGGAAGACGCGAUCCGAAGACUCAUACUGCCUGAGCUGAAGGAACUUAAGAAGGACCAGAAAGUCAUCACCAACACGUCCAAAUUUGAACGCGACAUGAACACCUCACAUUCAUCAGCCAGCACGCCCUCUCGGGACGAGCUGGGCAGACGACUUUCCAAACACGCAAGCGCUCCUGACGUCCGAAAGCCCAAGGUUGUCCUGAAUAAGGAUAGUCGCGAUGAAGGCAUCGUCCUUUCGGGCGACUCCGUCCCAUCCCAAAAAGAACGGAGAUCGAGCAAGGACAGCGAACGAAGUCAUGGCAGAAGCGAAAAAAGUCAGGAUCUCGGUUACAUCAGAUGGGCCAACCGCCCCGAGUUGACGGAGCAAGAAAAGCUCCGUCGACAAAAGAGCAAAGGACUUCGUGAUGCAGAAAAGGCUGCACUCGUGGGGACGGCUCUAACCGCUGCAGCCCUCCAGCAUCACGACUCACGGUCCAGCCUCGGAAAAAGCGAGGGAAGAAGAAAGAGCAGUGGGGCCCGAAGCCGCACCGGCAGUAUUAACGAGACCGAACUAGUCUUCCAGAAACACAAUGUCGCCCCCAUGCCACUGCGCAGUGCGAUUGAAUCCGACCUCACCAGAGCUUCCCUUCUCUCCGAGCAGACCGCCGAAUCAGCAGCACCGUACGGAGACACCAAAUUCCAUGAAGGCUUCCGCGGCUCCCCUUUCCAGUCUCUCUCGCCAGCACCCCUGUCACCUGCACCUCGCACGCCAAAUAGAACGCCUCUGGACGUGCGGCAUGAGCUGAAGCUCAAGCACAGCAACUUGUCCAGCCAUGACUUGUCGAUGCAUAGCCCCUCGAGUCGGUCGCCCGUCGGGGAUGCCGCCGCAGGCGCUAUCGCCGCUGCCGCUGCCGCUAAUUUGCUCGACUCCCACUCCGAGAAUCAUGACCUCGACUACAGUGAUCUGGCGAGCCGUCGGCGCACUCUUAGUCCGAUACAGAGCGUGGCCAGCAAUGAGAGCCAAUCUCCGGUCAAGCGGGACUUGACCCAUUAUGAUAGUACGGAUUUUGCAAGAUCUACCCGUCCAGAAGGCCUCAGCAUCACGAGCCAGACGGAGUCCCUACGCCGUCGACAGGAACCUGGCCCCGAGCUCGGCUACGAGGAGACCCCCCGACCAUCCCCCAGAGAGGAAAGACACUGGGAGGAAUAUUCCGACGAUGACGAAGACCAGCAUUCGCUAGCAGAAACUGAGACGCAGAGCACCGUCGGUAAACGCAUGACCGGGUACACCGAUGACAGCGAGCUUGAUCACCACGACCAGGAAGAUCAGGGCCGACCGGUAGCUGAAGGCCUUGCUGCCAAUCCCCGAUUCGUACAUCCGAUGGCUGUUGAAUCAGCGGUGGCCUCUGUCCUCGAACCCACGAUCCUGGACACCAAGUCUAGCCAGUCUGGAGCGAACCGCUCCAUGGCUGGUAUUCCGGAGCAAGAGGAGGAGGACUGGGAGCCGGAGCCUCUGGAGCAGCAUGAGCAGCAUGAGCCGGCAGAGCACGAAUCUCACCGAGGUACCCCCCUGAAGCAGCGCGAGGAGGUUUCCAGCCCCGACGCGACCUCGUUCCCUAGACGCAUGGGUGCUACGUCGCCGCCCCAGAGUGUCACCCAGUCGCUGGACGACCACUACCAGAACGAGCCGGCUCCUUUGUUCGCUGGCGACCUCGACAGCAGCCCAAUGCCGCAUGAAGACGACCGGAGCCCUGAUUCAGAAUCGGAAAUCAAUACUAAUCCUUCCAUCAUUCAAGGUCCCGCGGCUCACGAAAACAGCUGGUCGUUCAACCGCACCCCUUCCAAAGACGCUCCGUCGCCCCUCUUUGACAAGUCUGGAGCUGGUGCAGGUGCUGGCUUGGGCUUGGGUUCAGUUGAGCCCUCCCACUAUGGCCAGGACUACUACCCGGAGGAUGACUACGGUGCGAACGACUACUAUGAUCAGCAGUACCACGGAGGCCAGAUGCUCGGCACACCGCUUGGUGCCAAAGACGAAGGGUAUGUGUCGGCCGCGAACCCUCGCUCCCCGAGUGUUGAAACCCCUGAGCCGCUCAGCAAGGGUAUUGCUGGAAUCGACACAAAUGGAAUGGGUUUGUUUGACAGUCCCCUUGGUGGGGAAGACCACUUUAUGCCUGGUCACCAGCGGCAAUUGAGUGGCUACUCUCAAGGAGUUGGCUCACCUCUGUAUGACAGUGCAACUGGAAAAGGAAUUGAUCGAAUUCAGUCCAAAGACAUUGUUGCACUCAUGGACCAUCUCACGGUUCGCGAUGCCCAACGGAAUGCCAGGGAUACGGAGAUUCUCGUGACUCUCGUUCGAAGCGCCGCGGAAAUGCGCAAUUCAUUCGAGGAGAUGAAGAAGUUCAUUGCCCUACAGGACGGAAUGCUCAUGGAAGCUAGUGACCGACAGCACGAGCGGACCUAUCGAGCUCUUGGUGGGCCGCGCCCUCAGCCGGUCAGCACGCGUAGUGCUCGUCAGGUGCCUAUUGACGAUGGAGAUGACAUGCGUUCGAAGCGGAAAAAUAUCUUCAAGCGAGCACUCAAAGGCCUGAGCCUCAAAAACUCCAACGAUCUCACCCGAAUCGAGGAUAUGUUGGAACAGCUCCUUGAUGAAGUCGAAGCUCUACGUUACGGCCAGGAUGACCGGUACAUGCGGGGUGGCAACCGGGCCGCCAGUGUGGAUCCAGAGGGCUAUGAGCCGGAGGGCCAUGCUGGGACUUCAUCGCCCGGAAACCAGUCGGAGUACCUUUCCACCUCUUCCCAGCCUGUUCUGGAACCACUCGUUGGGAAUGGACUGCGGAGGGGCAUGGAAAACCGCGUCAGUACGGUGCCGGAACUGGAUGAAGACAUAGAUGAGCAGGAGUUCCCGAGUCCAACCAUGCCUUCGCAGGAGCCGGCCAACAACCGCCAGGGCCGGGCUGGCUCCGCACCUGUGUCAACACCUCCUCGUGAGCCUAUGGCUUCGGGUGCCCUCAGUAACGAGGCGACGCCGAAGACGACGGAGAAGGCUAAGAAGCACAAAUCGAGCAGCUCUUCGUUCUUCCCCAAGAUCUCCCGUUGGUCCAAGACCACGGCGUCUUCGAUGGGAGACAACAUCCGCAACAGCAUUCAACCUGGCCGCAGCAAGGAGAGAGCGUCCUUCGAUACCUCGCGCUCUGGAUCCGAGGCUGCACCAGGGCCAUACAAGCCGGACUACUAUGAUCCCCAGGGCGAAGACCGAUUGCGCUCGACGUACACUCUGGAGGACCCGCAACAAGAGAACCGGCCGCCAUCCCCUCUGGUUCCGUCUCAGGCAUCGGGACAAGCGUCGGAGGCGCCAAAGUACCGGGCUCACCGGGGCAGUCUCGAUCUUCACCAUCCCCAGCCUCGCCAGGGCCCGUCUGGGCGAUACCAAAACCAGCUAGAAACGCAAGCACAGGUCUACGGCGUGCCAGCGGGUGCACCUUCGGACCAGUGGGGAUCCAACCCCAGCUUGUCUGGCGUGAACGCCAACCUGCGCUACAGCGGCGCCAGUCGUCUUUCGCCCAUCUCGGACGCGGGCUACUCGGAAGCGAGCUCGCGGCACACGGGGCCUCCUCGUCCGCCGAAGAUCAAGGAUGAGGGGCCACUGAUCCCGGAGCGGCCGCCCAAAGUCAAGGAAGACGAUGAGCGAUCGUACAUGGAACGAGUUGCUUCGCGGAGUUCGAUCAUGCGCUCUCCCCGUAGCACACCGCCUCCCCGGAAACCCACGGGGCCUCGUCCCCUAACGUCGGGCAGCCAGUUCAGCCCUGCGCGGCGGCAGCGAAGCCAGUAUCGCGCCAGUCCGGAGCAGGUGGAUGCCGACCAUGACUAUUGA